AUGACUUUAACCUCCAUCCUGCUUCCCCGGUGGAUUACUUGCUCCGUUCCCUCCCCCCAGACCUCUCACAAUCAUGGCCACCACAAACACUACCACAUCAUCCACGACUCCUCACCUGUCCAUGUGGCGGCGGCCUCCAGCGGCUUCCACGAUUACAUCGGCCUCCACCAGCGAUGUCAGACGCCUGUCGUCAACGACUUAGUGCAAGUAUGGUACUAUAAUAAUCCCAGCGACAGCGCGAAAUCCGUCUCCUUCGCCCCCAUCAAAGACAGGCACGCCAAACACGCCAAACAACACACCGAACAGGAGAAAUUAGAAUGUAUCCCCUUCCCCGAUCCCCGAUUCUGCUCCGGUGGUCUCCAUGCCAACUCUACUGGCCUUGGUCCUGGUCCUCCUUCCUCUCCUCCUCCUCCUCCCUCUCCUCUCCCUCAUCCCCCCAAUAAUCCCAACAACCCCAUUCCCGACCCUGAUCCCUCCAAACCCCCUGGCCCCGAUAUCCCGGACCCCGGCAGCAGCCAUCAACAAGAGGAACGCAGAUUCUUCUGCAACAUGUGGAAGUCCACGGCCUUCCUGAUGAAUCUCUUCGUGGUUUUGGAAGUCGCAACGCUGGUUGGGACGUGCAAAGAAGGAGGAGGAGGGGAAGUGGAAGUGGACGAGGUGGGCGAGGAGGGGAGGAAAGCUUACUUGGUGGGCAACAUGGUGGACCAAAUGGACCAAAUGGACCAGAUGGAACAAAUGAACAAGGUGGACAAGGUGGACAAGGUGGACAAGGUGGACAAGGUGGACAAGGUGGACAAAAUGGAUCAAAUGGAUCAAAUGGAUCAAAUGGACCAAAUGGACAAGGCCUACCUCUUCCAUCACGAUGAUCAGUUUAACCGAAUCCCGGGGUACCGGCUGGGGGCCUCUUGGUAUCUUUGCAUGUUUGGGGCGCUGAUUUCGAUGGCGUGUAUGGCUGGGCUGGUAGCUUCUGCUUUUGUAUUGCCAUUUGAGGACGCUUUGGUGGUGCCCUUUGAGGAUGAGUGUGAUGAGGAUUCGGAGGAUGACAAUGGUGGAAACGGGUUCAUGGCGCUAACUAUAGGCAAUCUCAACUCUUUACGCGCUGAGGAUGCCGGCUACCGUCAGACAGAGUCCAUGGGACUAUAUGUCCAUUCAUCUCAAGUCCGGAACACCGACACCUUGAAGGUCAUGGUCGAUCAAGGAGAUCGGGUUUUGGCCGACCAAAUAGGGGUAUGCAUAAUCCACUUGCCGAAAGAAACCUAA